UCACAUGGGCGAAAGAAAAAAGAGAGAGAGAGAGAGAGAUAAGUGAAAGUAGCUGCUACCACUUUUCUUUUCCAGCAAACUCAAAACAAAACAAAACAAAACAAAAUAAGACUGCACCUGGCCCAGCGAUUCAGGACAUUAAGGAGAAGAUUUGGAACCAUAAGGUAAAUAAAUAAAACAGAGGGAGGGAGAGGGAGAGAGAGAGAGAGAGAGAGAGAGAGAGAGAGAGAGAGAGAGAGAGAGAGAGGCCGUCUGACACACACAACAAAGUACAGUAGAUAGAAAUAUGUAUACUGUAAUCAGUUAGAUAGAUAGAUAGAUAGAUAGAUAGAUAGAUAGAUAGAUAGAUAUGUGCUGUAUAUAAGUAUAGUACAGUAGUACAUAGGUUCUUAGGAAGUUCACCAGAACUACAAGUGUAUUAAAUUAUGUGCACUGCUUGAUAUUACUAAUUCUGAGAGAUUGAAGUACUUUAAUAGUACACAUGUAGUAAGUAAAAAGUAAAUCACUGGCCAUUCAGAACGAUAGGCUAACAAACAGACAGACAGAGAGAGAUGUAUUGAGUUUCCAGUACUCUGCUGAGGCCAUAAUGGCUUUGCUAAACAGGGAUUCUCCAGAAACUGGUUUGCUCUAACUGGGAUUUCCAAUAAAGUGAACCGAUGUUUCAAAGGAACUGAAUUUCUAAACGGGAAUUACAAAGAAGCAGUGCUGGAUAAACUGGGAUUCCAAAACAAACUGGCAUUUCUGAGCUGGUAGAAGAAACACAUUGAGCUUGCUGAACUGCGAUUGCAAAUAAACUGGGAAAGUGGAACUGAGAUUUCACAGAGAUUCUGGACUUAAAACAGGAAGAAAGAAGUAACCAGCCAGUUGCUUCCUUGCAUCCACGCUUUCAACCAGUAACAUGCUUUAGCCCUGAGAACCUGCUGAGGCGGAAUGACCUAGGAAGUGAAACAGUAACACACUUUAUGAGACAGAGAAAGCAGAAUGGCCUCUAAUCUGAGUGACAGCCUCACUUCUAUGGACUGGCUCCCUCAGCUCAAUCUCAAAGGGUGUGUGAAAAGCAGGAGCUCAGAGCUAGGGGCCCAAACUGAGAAGGGGGCCCGAGGGACAAACAAGCCCCCCUUCAGCUAUGCCACUCUCAUCAGCCAGGCCAUCAAAUCCACCGCCCGAGGGAGAAUGAGCCUCAAUGAUAUCUACAGUUGGAUCUGUGAGCAGUACCCCUACUACAAGAACACUGCAGCAGGCUGGAAGAACUCGAUCAGGCACAACCUCUCUCUCAAUAAAUGUUUCCGGAAGAUUCCGCGACCCAGGGAUGACCCCGGGAAGGGAUCCUAUUGGACAAUAGACAGCUGCCCAAAAGAAGACCCGCCCCUCCCAAGAGGAAAAAGACCACACCCAACAGACCAUGAGGGGUCUCAGGAUUCCUUGCUGGAGCAGGAAGUGACCUCAAGCCCAAGUCUGGGAUUGCAGAGUGAGAGUGUGAGAGACGAGAGACUAUGGGAAGGACCACCGCCAAGCAAGGUGGCCCCUCCCCCACUGUCCCCCUUUUCUCUCCCCCAGCCCCCUCCCCCCCAGCCUGGGCGUGGCGAGCCCCCCCAGAGCUGCCCCCUGCGCUUCUCCUUCACUGAGAUGCACCUGCAGGACCUGCUGGGGUCUUCAUUCCAGAGCCUGUACCGGACCAUGAAAGAGAAGACUGGACCCCCUGACACUGCUCCUCACUCCAGCAGGACGUCCUGUAUGUUUGAGCAGGCUACCCCCCUGCACACCCCCACCUUCCCCUCGGAUCCCCCUCAUCCCCCUCCCCCCUCCUCCUCCUCCACCUCCUCCUCCUCGUCCUCCUCCUCCUCUUCCCAGGACAGUGCUGCCCCAGCGCAGGGCCCUGUGCAGAACAACCCUCCCCGAACUCCACUGUUCACUGCAGGACAUGCGAUCCCUUCUGAUUGGUUCUCCAGUAUUGACAGUCUCAAAGAGAGUUUCAAAAUUGCCAAUAACCUUGACUGGUCUACCAUUGAUCUCACUCAGUUUCCUGACCUUUUAAAGAGCAUGCAGCAGGCUGAUAUGUCUAACUGGUCCUUGGAUCCCACUCUCUUCACCUCCCUCUGUGAUUCACUGAACCAGUUUUUCACCCAAACUGGCCUGAUCCACUCCCAUCACACCCUGCAGCCCCCCCAGAGCGGGGCCGCCAACUCCCAUCACACCCUGCAGCCCCCCCAGAGCGGGGCCGCCAACUCCCAUCACACCCUGCAGCCCCCCCAGAGCGGGGCCGCCAACUCCCAUCACACCCUGCAGCCCCCCCAGAGCGGGGCUGCCAACUCCCAUCACACCCUGCAGCCCCCCCAGAGUGGGGCCGCCAACCCCCAUCACACCUUGCAGCUGCUGAGCAGCCUCUCCCCUUCCCACAAUGCAGUUCAGCAGCCGUUGGUAGGAAGAGCCCAGACCAACGCCAUCAAUGAGUUUCUGCAUUCCCGGGAUCGGGCAGCACACACUUUACCAGGAUUCCCUUCCCAGCAAGCACUGGGGCACCCCAGUGCCGCUACCUCUUCAGGAACUACCGUAGGCUCAGUUCCACAUUCUCAAGCCCCUCCCUUUCCUGCCCGCCCCCCAAAACUGCGUUAUACUAGCAACAGUGAAGAAAUACCAGAUGACUUCGACUGGGACUUGUUAUUGAACUGAAAUGGAUUUAAAAAAUGGUGUCUCAGCCCUCAAUACCAUCAAAUAUUUAUGGAUUGUAAUAUAAGUUACAAGCAACCUGUGAGGAACAAAUAAGGUUUGCAAGAAACUGCAGUUUGAAAAUGCGAGCCAGCCCACAAUUUUUCUAAACUGAUCUUCAAAAGUAUUCUUCUUGGAACUACUGAACAAGCAAAAUCAGAAUAAAAGCUACAACUCCCAGUAUGCCUCUAUAUUGUAGAAACAGAAAGGGAUCAUGGGAGCUGUAAUUCUUGUUUUAGAAAGACACUGUAGAAGUGUAUAAUGAUUGGGACUACACUGCCAGCAGCAACCUGAGCAAUCCCUGAGCCUUACUAAGACUAAGUCUGACACUAGCGUUACAAGUACAAUCAGGAUAAAAACUACACCUUCCAGCAUGCCUCUUUACUUGUAGUAACAGCAAGGGACGAUGGGAGUUGUAGUUCUUUCCUACAGGCAGAAGAAGAAGAGUUACUAAAAUGAUCUGGAGUGUGCCAGCAGCAACCUGAGCAAUCUGACUCUGAACUGACACCAUCGUCAUUACAGGAGUUAAAUAAUGAAACCUGUAGUGUGGGGGUCUAUUAUUCAUUCCGGAGAGUCCAAUGGACUGGAGGGGGUAUGCAUGAGGUCUGAUUACUGCUGGCAGUGGCACAGUAGCACUUCUUCUCAACAAGGUAGGACUGGACUUGGUGCAGGACAGGUACUGUAGAAUCCCUCCCCCAGUCUUUUUGAAAGUGUGCGCUGAAGUUUUAGAAGCAGCAGAGCCAGAACUGCUCAGUGCUUCUUCUUGGAUUGUGAUCUGCUCUGAUCUCUGAAAGGUACGGAGAUGAGGAAUCAGGAUUUUAAGGAACCGCGUUGUCAUGAAUGAAUAUGAAAUAUGAAUAUUAGAUUGAUCAGAAUUCUUUUAUAAUGCUGGUUUUAUUACUGUAUAGCUCAGACUUGAAAUGGAUGCUGCAUACACACGGUAUCUCUUUUUCCAUGAUUAAUAGCCUAUGCAUGUUCUUUAUGAUUCUCUAUUACCUUUUCUGCUGAGAUCAUUAUUUACCAGGUUUACCAACUACGUGAAAAGAUGAAUUCUGAAGAGACUCGUCAAGAUCUUAUGAAUUGAGGUGGGAAAGCAUAUUAGAGUUGCAAUGUGCACUGAAGCCCAUAGGUGAAGCAUUUUGCACUAAAGCCUGUGCAACACUGAUUGGCUUCCCCACUUCACUUUGCCACAAUCAGCCUUGGGGAGUCUUUUCAGAAACUGGAUUAGCUUGUAAGCAUGUCAAAUAACAAUCAAAGCAGAAACAGCAAUAGAGAAUGGUAGAGAACACACAGAAUACAAUAUUAUUAGGAUUACGUUAGAUAUUAGGAAAAUCACUAUUCUGAUAUAAAAUAUCCAUAAGUAACACCAAGUAGAUUUGAUGCAUCUUUGUAACUUUAUAUUCCUCGAUAUGAUUAGUCUUGCACUCUGUUCACUAUCUAUUAUGUAUAUGUUUGACACAAAGUGGCUUUCGGUACAGAAAUUAUUAUUAUUAUUAUUUUUUUUUAUCCAACUUGUUGUAAACGAGAAACAUAACAAAAUAUAUGUGAGUCUAGUGUCGAAGCCGACAGCAAUGUCACAUAUGAAACAUAGAACUAUUUGGGAUCACCUAUACUCUCCAUAAUGUAUAGAGUUCAGGUUCCCAGUGUAAUAGUGUAUUGUGCUGUGUAGAAUGUUACAAUAGGGUCAUUCAAGUUCAAGUGGCCCGAAUUCCAGGGAGGGGCUUCCUCCAUUUGUGGUCGAUGGUAACACAUAAGCCACAUGUGGCUAAGAAAAGGGUUCUAGACUAAGUGUCGGUGUAUGCAGAAGAUGAGCUGUGAAACAUAUAACCUAUAAAAUAAAUUAUGCACAUUUGUAAAGAGGAUACAAUUAUCUAUUCAGAGAUGCCAGGUGUUUAGUAAGUAAGGCAAAAAAUGGGCAAUACAUUCCCCACCCCUAAUCUUGCUGUACAUCAUUUGUUGUUGCCAUAAUUUGUGUCGGUACUGUAUGUAUAUACAGGAAAUUCAAUUUCUUGGGUUAAGUUGCACUUUUUAGUAAACAUUCUUGUAUUAAAAAAAUAAAUACAAAUAAAAAUCUAAUUCUGAGCAGCAGGGGGCAGUGUGGAAAUCUCCUACCAUGAAAUGCCUCACUCAGUAUUCUUGUCCUGAACAUUAGGUGUCCAUAGCAACCACUGCAGGGCUCUGUGCAGCCAAUCACGGGUGUGCCUGCCUGGAGGCAGCUCAGCUCAGCUUCACAUUACUAUUUUUUCUCCAAAGGCACAUACAUUCACAUCAAUAAUAACCAACAGAAAGUGAAUACGAAAAGUAUUCUGAGAUGCCAAUAAGCUACAAUCAAGCCUAUCGGCAAAUACAUGCAACAUAUUUAAAUAAGCAAUCCACCCCAAGUGCACUGGUAACCAAGGGUAUACAAUGAUUUACUUAAUCCCUACAGCACUAGUGAUAUUCUCCCUUCAAAGGAGUGCUAGUCACAAUUUGAAUAUGUCCUCCAUGGAUAACACAGAACAAAUUUUGUUUUUAAUAGACACUCCCAACACAAAAAUAGAUCAUCAGGAUUAUUGGAAGAGCAUCUUCAAAUAUCAAGAUUUUUAUUUUUAUUUAAUCAGUGUUAAAUCAAACAAUUGUUGUCUGUGAAGGGCACAGUGUUUUGUCACUUGUUCUAGCCAGAUGUGCAGGUCCAAAUAAAGGAGCCUUACUAAGACUAUUCAUGUAAUGCACAUUAUCAAGUUACAUGUUACUAUUAGGAACAACAAUAACCAUUCCACACAUCCCCCUCUCUUCUCAGGUGAUAUUUUGACAAGCUUGCAGUUUUCUCUCCAUUGCUGCAGUCUUGCAGUCUUGUGAUUUCACAUGACCAUAACUCUGAAGAACAUGGUUCAUUUAUAGCCUUUUCACACUUCCACACCCGAGCCAAGCCAGAACUAAGCCGAGCCCAUCCGGCUCGUGUGUGUUUGCAAUAAAGCCCAGUGGUUUUGUGAGCACUUUUUUCAUCUUCUUCCCUUUGACUAUUCAAGAAUGGAAUUGUGUUCGGAAUCAACUACAUUUAUUAUGAUUAGGAAUGUCCUCUUUGAUUGUUCAUAAUAAAGUAGACUACAAUAACAGAAUUGCAUUGCAUCUGCAGUUUAUUGUCACUAGACUAGACUACUAGAAUUACAAGGUGUUUAUUAUCACUAGAUUAGACUGUACUUGAAUUACAUUGUGCCUGUAUGGGAUAGAAUGUACUAGAAGUAUAUUGUAACUGCAGUUUAAGAUCACUAGACUAGAUUGUACUAGACUCACAUUGUAACUGCAGUUUAAGAUCACUGGACUAGACUGCACUAGAAUCACAUUGUAACUGCAGUUUAAGAUCACUAGACUAGACCAUACUAGAUUUGCAUUGUAUGUAGUUCAAUAUCACUAGGCUAGAUUGUACAAGACGCAUGUUGUAACUGCAGUUAAAUACUGUUAUUUUAUUUAACUGUUAAAAAAGUCUACAGUUUUUGUUCUAUAUAAUUAUUUAUCAUUGUUUCUGCUCUGAUCACUAUUCAUCAUGCUUAUUAAGUCAAAAACGGGUUUGAAAAAUGACAACUAGAUGUGUGCAUGUGUAAUUUAUUGUCCAUUUUACAGUUGACACAUGUUAAGGCUUAACACUACACUACAAUAACAUAUUCACAGCUACAAUUCCAUGGGUGAGGGGGCGUAUUAAAAUGAGUUUCUCAAUGAUUGUGGUUGGCUCAAAUGCGACUCAGCAAUUUUCCGUAACAUUGAGGCAGUUACCAUGCGGAUGUAAGGAACAGGAUGUUGAACUAAAAGCUAAAUAAACCAAGUGCAUGUACCAGCAGGUCUGAUCCUGCUGCUGUUUAUUUUA